UGUUUAUUAUUUAUGUAUGUUUAAAGCGGCCUUUUCGGUUAGAGGCGAGCAAGAAGAGUAAACCGUAUCUCAAGAUGGGGGCCUACAAGUACAUCCAAGAGAUGUACCGCAAGAAGCAGAGCGACGUCAUGCGCUUUCUGCUGAGAGUCCGGUGCUGGCAGUACAGACAGCUAAGCAACUUACACAGAGCCUCACGUCCUACGCGCCCAGACAAGGCGAGGCGCCUUGGAUACAAGGCCAAGCAGGGUUACGUUAUUUACCGUGUGCGAAUUCGCCGUGGUGGUCGAAAGAAGCCAGUGGCUAAGGGUGCGACAUAUGGCAAGCCCACCCAUCAAGGUGUCAACCAGAUGAAGCUUCAGCGUAGUUUGCAGAGCGUUGCCGAGGAGCGGGCAGGACGUAGAUGUGGUGCUCUGCGUGUCGUCAACUCUUACUGGAUCGGCCAGGAUUCGACAUACAAGAUCUUUGAGGUGAUCAUGGUCGAUCCGUUCAACAAGGUAAUCCGUCGAAACCCAGAAAUGCAGUGGAUCUGCACGCCCGUCAUGAAACACAGAGAGAUGCGUGGCCUCACGUCCGCUGGCAAGAAGUCGCGUGGUCUCGGCAAGGGGCACGGGUACCACUCCACGAUCGGUGGUUCACGUCGUGCAUGCUGGAAGAGACGCAACACCACACAGAUGCGCAGAUACCGUUAACUACAUUCUAUUGUUUUACCCUUGGCAAGAAUAAAUUGUGUCUCCCUACAUUGA